CUGCGGAGGAGCUAGUUUUAUUAAUAGCUAGACUAGUUUUAUUAAUAAUCUCUGUCACGUGACUUAACGCGCCAAUAAUGGCGGCAAGUGUGAAAGGAGGUGAAGAGAAGAGAGUCUACAAGUGGAGAGGAAAUGAAGACAUUAGGGACGGAGCAAAGCAUUAUAACUCACUAAGUAUUAACGAUACUACAUACUCCAUUGGUGAUUGUGUGUACGUUCAUUCUGGCAAAGAUAAAAACUCCAUCUGUCAAAUAAUCAGUUUAUUUGAGAACCUUUACACUAGCGAUAAAGAAAUGACUGUCCGAUGGUUUAUCAGGGAAAAUGAAUUACCCGUGUACUUAAAACCCUACCAAGACAAGGUUCCUAAUUUAGCAAAGGGAGAAGUUAUUUUCGUAGAUAAAACGGCACUUUUGUCAGUCGAGUGCAUAAUUAGAAAGGCCGAGGUGGUGUCGAGUAGAAGUGGUAAUCGAGAAGCUGUUUUUUGUCGGUUGGCUGUAUCAACUGCUAAUGGGUUCAAGAUUGAGUCUUUUAAACUCGUCAAACCGGUUUUUAAAUUCGUUUCGGGAUCUCGCACGACAAGUUCAUGCUUAUCCUCUUCCACCGGGAGGAUUUCGUCUCGUAAAUCACUAAGGCCAAGAGUUUCCACUGCUCCCAUGAUACAAAGAGAUAGAAAGUUUAACACUCCAAAUAAGACUAGGACUGGUACUAACAGUACCAAUUUAAGACCAAGUGAUUUAAAACGAAAGGCCUGGACGUCUCCAAGACAACCGAGCCUAUCGCUAAGAAACAGAAAAGAAGGUGAUAAAGAAAGACGUGUUCUGUUUCAUGACACAGCAGUGUCUUCUCUUGAAAGCACCAAGAGGACCUCCGAAUUAAAGAAUCGUAAACGAGUACUGAGCCCAAUACAAGAGGAAGGAGCAGGAGACAAAAGUGAUUCUUUUAAAAGUCGUCGUAGGAAACUCGAUAUGUCAGAUAUUCAUACAAUGCUUGAUGAUGAUGAUGAUGAUGAUGAUGAUGAUGAUGAUGAUGAUGAUGAUGAUGAUGAUGAUGAUAGUUAUAAAGAGAAUGUAUUUGAUGAUGAUGAUAUGGAGGAAUGUGACGAGGAAGAGAAUGAAGAGAGUAAGCUUAGUCUUGAAGAUAUAGAGCUAGUAAAUGAUGAUGGUUUUGAAAAUCCAUUACCUAAAAGGAAGCGUGGACGCCCACCAAAAGCAAUAAAAACACCUUCUGAUCAUUUAAGUGAAAUAGGCACACCCUUAUCAAGAAAGCGUGGCCGUCCUCGUAAAAAAGUAGCCACACCCUCUUUAGAUUCUUCUAAGAAUAUUGUCACGCCCUCAUCAAGAAAACGGGGCCGUCCUCGUAAAGAAGUAGCCACACCCUCUUUAGAUUCUUCUAAGAAUAUUGUCACGCCCUCAUCAAGAAAACGUGGCCGACCUCGUAAAGAAGAAGCCACACCCUCUUUAGAUUCUUCUAAGAAUAUUGUCAUGCCCUCAUCAAGAAAACGUGGUCGACCUCGUAAAGAAGAAGCCACACCCUCUUUAGAUUCUUCUAAGAAUAUUGUCACGCCUUUGUCAAGAAAACGUGGCCAACCUCAUAAAGAAGAAGCCACACCCUCUUUAGAUUCUUCCAAGAAUAUUGCCACACCCUCGGCAAGAAAACGUGGCCGACCUCUGAAAGUAUUGAGCACUCCUUCGUCAAGCAGUAAAGCUGUGACCACUCCCAUUUCUGCUUGUCGACCACCACCUGUUAAAUGCAUGACCACGCCAUCUAAGAUGAGAAGAGAUGGUGGGGUUGUUAUUCCAGUCAGACCGGGUUCAGCUGUCAAAGGAAGAAAGAAACCAUUUGAAAUGGCUCGAGUCAGAUUACAUACCUCGUCAGUCCCUGAUAGUAUCACGUGUAGAGAGAGGGAAUUCACUAGUAUUUGUACUUUUAUUGAGAGCAAGUUAAUACAGAGAAAUGGAGGGUGUAUCUAUAUAUCUGGAGUCCCCGGGACCGGAAAGACAGCCACAGUGUAUGAGGUAUCACGGCAUCUGAUUAAGAAGUCAUCUGAGGACAAGAAGUUGCCUCAUUUUAAGUUCAUUGAGAUCAAUGGGCUCAAACUGACUGAGCCCAAACAAGCUUAUGUGUCCAUUUUAAAGCAACUAACAGGGGAGAAGACUUCUGCUAGUAAAGCUGCUGAUGCCCUUGAUACGUAUUUUAAUGCUACUAACAAGCAAAGGCCACCAAUUGUACUGCUAGCAGAUGAACUGGAUAUGUUGUGGAAUAAAAAGCAAUCAGUUUUAUAUAACUUAUUUGAGUGGCCCACACGCCCAAAAUCGAGGCUGGUAGUGCUGGCUGUUGCCAAUACUAUGGAUCUGCCAGAGAGAGUCAUGUCUAGCAGAGUAUCAAGUAGACUGGGUCUCACAAGGCUAACAUUCAAUCCAUACACUUUCAAUGACCUCCAGCAGAUUGUCACUAACAGGAUGGUUGGUCUUAAAGUCUUUGAACCUGAUGCUGUCCUACUUGCUGCAAGGAAAGUUGCUGCAGUUACUGGAGAUGCACGCAGGGCCCUUGAUAUCUGUCGGAGAGCAACAGAGAUAGCAGAGGAAGAAGGAAAGAGACUUGUAGGUAUGAUGGAGGUUAGCAGUGCCAUACAAGAGCUGUUCUCCUCACCAAUGAUAAUGGCAGUGAAGUAUGCCUCAUUCAAUCAGAGGUUCUUUCUGCAGGCUCUCCUAGCUGAGUUUAGAUCAACUGGACUAGAGGAAACAACACUGAAGCAAGCUAUUUCUAGAAUGAACAGUUUGCUCACCUACCAAGAGGAUCAACCUUUGUCCUAUCCAGAGAUCCUCUCUGUAGCGACGACACUUGGGUCCAUGAGAGUUAUACUUUUUGAAUCGAGUAAAAGUGGUCUUUAUAGAAAAAUAAGACUAAAUAUGUCACAGGAUGACGUAGAAUUUGGUUUAAAAAAUGCACUACCAUUGACAUAUUAAAAAUAUUAAUUUAUACUAUAGGCACUCCUUCCAUAUCAUUAUAUACAUAUGAAGUGA